AUGACAAAACCCUAUAGCCAACGUCGUCCGCUGGUCCAGCCCACCGUUCCACCACCGUACCGUGAUCAGUACCGUAUUGGCCUUAUGGACUUGAGCAUGGAUCAGCUUUGGAAUCCGGAUGCCGAACAGUACAAGGUGUUCUGUCGCAUGGUUCACGUCACCAAAGCCGCGCUACACAUUGGCUACAUUCAGAUGCUGAUCAGCUUCGCUUUCAGCAUCUUCUUUGGCUAUCACUACAUGAUGGCGGUUACUGGUAACCUAUCGGCUGAUCACUGGGUCAAUCAAUACACUGCUAGAUAUAUCAGCCAGCUACUGUUUGCUGUGUCUAUGCAGUUGAUUUUGGUGGUGGUUAUGUUGCACGGAAUCAGAAGUGAGAGGCGGAUCAUGUUGUUGCCGUAUAUUGGAUAUGCUGCUAUUGCUAUCUUGGCUGGAUGUGCUCAGGUAAGACAUUUGUUUUAUGUCACUCUACUCUACAGUACCGUAUUGUACCGUACUCUAGUUUAUCCUACCUUACCCUACUUUACCCUACCCUACCCUACCCUACCCUACCCUACCCUACCCUACCCUACCCUACCCUACCCUACCCUACCCUACCCUACCCUACCCUACCCUACCCUAUCCUACCCUACCCUACCCUACCCUACUCUAUCUUAUCUUACCAUACUUUACUUUACACUACUAUGCCCUACCAUGCCCUAUCCAUAUUAUACAUCCUUUUCCAGAUCACCAACGACUUUGUGACCAUCGACCGCAACCAGACCCCAGAACAACGUGCCUACUCUUCAUCCCAAUUCAUCGGCCAUCUAGUCGGUACUCUGAUCCAUGCCUGGUGCUUGUCUGUUGUGUGGAGAUGCUACGCCUUCUUGGGCGAGAAGAAGGUGGCACGACAGAUCAGUGAACAGCUGGCUGCUACCCACAACGCCUUCCAAUACCCAGACCAGUUGUUGAGUUGCCAGAUCCCACAACCUCCAGCCUACUUCGAAGUUGUCCCACAUGAAAUUCGUGUUGUUGCUGAAGAAGAAAAGGCCGAAGCCAAGGCUCCACUUAACGUUGAGGCUUAA